AUGAUUCAUUUCAAAAUAUCCGCACCAGGCAGGAUGAGCUUAUUUGGUGAACAUGCGGUAAAGCAUAAAAAAAAUAGUAUAACAGCUAGCAUAGAUUUACGUACCAUGAUGACAUUCACCGAUUUAUCGCACUUGCCUUCAAAAAACAAUAUUGAAAUAGACUUUCCUCAAAUCUACUUACAUCUUAACAUACCUUUACAAGAAUUUCUAAAAUUCUACAACAAGUCCAUCCAAAAUAUAACGCUACUGCGUGAGCAGAUUGUACGAUUCACAAACAGUUUAUACAGUCCAUGUCAUCGGAAGGAAAUUGUACAAACAUUUUAUUAUUUGCUUGUUUAUAUCUUAUACAAAGAGCAAAUUACUAUAUCAUCUUUCAAAAUAUAUGUAUCCACAAAAUUUAUGAUUGACGAGGAAUUCGCCUGUCUGUCAUCAUUCACAGUAUGUCUCACGGCAUGCUUAUUACAUUGGUCACGUGUACAAAAGGGUAUUACAGGUAAAUUUCAAAACACUGAUUUCCAAAAGAUCCAAUCAUAUGCCGCACGCUGCGAAGAAAUUUCUCCCGCAUCUGGGAUGAUCGACGUAACUGCUUGUGUAUAUGGCUCAAUAAUAGAACAUCGAAUAGGAAUAAUGACUUUAAUUUCAUUGCAUAAAAUGCCAAAAAUAAUGAUUCUAUUAAUUGAUUCAAAAGUAACGCAAAAUCUAGAUUGUCAGACACAACGAGUGACAGAGUUAAUGAAUAUCUUUCCCACAAUUGGCAACCUUAUUUUAAAGAACAUUGAUAUUGUAACAAUCAUGGCUCAUAAUAUACUUAGAAAAAUUAAUAAAAUUUACAAACUUAACUUACUUUUUUACACUUUUCUUUCACAGAUUUACAUUAAUCACAACCAAAAAUUAUUACAAAUGUUAGGUGUAUCGUAUGACCGUCUGGAUAAAAUAUGUGCAAUAGCACAAAAAUUUAAAUUAUUCGGAAAAUAUACAGAUAUUGGAAAUGGUAGAUACGCAUACAUUUGGUGCCCACUAUAUACAAAUAAAGAAAUAUUCAUUGAGCUUCUGUGGGACGAAUUGAAGAAAUACGAUUGCGAUAUCAUGAAAGUGUAUUUAAGUUGUUGCGGAGUGAAAAUUGAAUCGGAAAUUGAAUCAGCUUGUAGCAAAGAAGCAGUUGUGUGUUGCGAUGAACAUUCUAAUAAAUGAUUAAAUAUACGAGUAAGUAUUAUAUCAAAUAAAUAACGAU